AUGGAUUCAUCGGAUGGAGAUCCGCGGCCCCCCUCCGCCAAGUGGGUGGACAUCCAGCAGAAGACCUUCACAAACUGGGUGAACGAACAACUGAAACCCACUGAAGAAUACGUUGUGGAUCUUCGACAUGAUUUCUGCAACGGACUCAAGCUCAUCUCCCUCGUCGAGAUCUUGCAGAAAUCCCCGAAGAAGAUCAAGCGCAUUCGCAACCCAGUGAACCAGCAUCAAUUCUUAGAGAACGUGCAGGUGGCCUUGAACGCGAUUGCGGCCGACCAAGUGAAACUCGUCAAUAUCGGGAACACCGAUGUCGUCGAAGGGAACCUGAAGCUGAUCCUGGGUCUCGUCUGGUCUCUCAUCGUUCGGUAUCAAAUCGGAAGAUCGAACGCUCCAGCGAGGAAGUCGAUGAUUGGGUGGCUCCGUAAUGUUCUGCCGCCAGAUCUGGAAGUCUCUAACUUCUCGACCGACUGGAAUUCCGGUGUUGUAUUGAGCGCACUAGUCAACUAUUGCGACCCCGAGCUCAUACCUGACUGGAGGAACUUAAACCCUAAUAAUGGGUUCGAGAACUGCCGACUCGCUAUGGAAACCGCCCGCGAUCGACUGGGGAUCCCGAUCGUUCUGCGGCCCGAAGAUUUGUGUUCGGAGAAACUAGAUGAGCUUUCAGGCAUGACGUAUCUGUCGUACUACAUGAAUGAAGAUUCCCCGGGGCAUAGGAGAAUCCUCGAUUGGGUGAAGAAGUAUCUACCCUACGUGAGCAACCUCACUACCGAUUGGAAUGACGGGAGCGCACUAUAUGAGCUGAUCAACAAACUCGGAGGAACCGUCGACAUGAGGGAUCUGUCGAGGAUGCCUCACGAGUUCGAGACGAACUGCCUGAGAGGGAUAACCGCAGCCCACUCACAAUUGAAAAUUCCGAAGAUGAUUUCAGCGAAAGAAAUGUCCGAUCCCGAAGUUCAAGCGCUGACGAUCAUGAAAUAUCUUGCCAAACUCCAAAAACUAACCGAACAGAAUGAAAAACCCCACAUUCGAAUCCUAGACAUCAGCAACGUGCAGGCAAACAAGCCGGUGACGUUCGAAAUCGUCGGCGUCAACUCCACCGUGAGCAUCGAGAAUGAUCUGUCCGUGGAGGUGAUGCUGUUGAAGAACUCUACACGGGUUCCCGUCCGUCUGGACCGGAACGGGAGACAAUUGACCGGCACCUUCAUCCCGACCCAGUCCUUACCUCACGAAAUAAAGGUUCAAAUAAAAGGCCAAUUAGUUGAGAACUGCCCGCUGAUCGUCGAAGUUUCUCCCGAUUUCGCCGGGCUGUCCCAAGCGGGGAUAGGCCCCUGCUCUCUGAAUUCACUCGUCGACAUCAUGAUCAAUUCCAACGGCGCCAAUAGUCGUGGAGUUCGCAUUGAGGCGGUGUCUCCUUUCGGAGUUGUGAUUCCGUGUGAAGUCACUCACCAAGGAAACUCCUUCCACGGUUCCUUCAUUCCAAAGCAAAUCGGAGAAUGGAUGAUCAACAUAACAUACAACGGUGACCAUAUCGCCAGCUCUCCCUUCACAUGCCUCGUAUAUGACCCGUCCAAACUGAAGGAGGCGCAGAUGCAUUCUUCGAACAUGAACUCUAGUCACUCUCUGGGGGCGAUGUCCGACGAUUUCGUCGACGGUAGAAGUUCUUCGUCAUUGAGCUUCGAUGGGAGGCACUCUGUGACGGGUUUCCGCGGACCUGACCUCAGCGAGAGAACAAGAACAGCCUCGAACCAGUCGUUCAGCAACGUAUCGCGAAGCGUCCACUCGACGCGAAUGAACACUCCGGACCUCAUCUCGAGCCACGACCAUCGUCACGAAUCCUCGGUGAGCACCUUCUCGACUUCAAGCCCCCCUAGGCCAGCACCGGAGAUCGCCGCAACUCCAAACGGAAUUUUCAAAGCCACGUACACCGGUGGAGUCUUCGAGCACAACGAUCGACUCUCUCCGACCCGCUUGGAUGAAAUCAGGACGCGGAGUCCAUUGGACAAAAUGCGAGACUUUGGUGGCAAGAGAGAAUAUUCGAGUCCGACUCCGCCGCAGACUUCGUCGAUCUUCGAAAAAAUGGAUUCGUUCUUCGACACUUCCGCAGACGCCGUCAAGCAGCACGUCAGCUCUCGGAUAGGUACGGCUCCACGUACAAACGAAACGACUGUCAUUGACGCGCCAGGCGAUAAAGCGCAGAACAUGCGUCUCCAGUUCAUCCGAAACGCCCAGAAUCCUUCGGGCGUCGCCAAGACCCGAGUUGAUUCCUCGGAAAAUACGCCCCCACUGCUUCAGUCGAGCUCGAAUCAUCGAACGGAGAUAUUCCGAAGCUCCCCGGUGACGCAUAACGUUUCACGUACCCUGUCGCCUACUCAAAAUUACGUGACUUCCAACGUGACUCGUAAAGAAUCAUCCAUUCUCGAUGAGUCAGGCCAGCGCGUUAGGAGCGACCAGUCCUCGGAUUUGGAUUCGUUAAGAAAAACCUCGCAUCAUCGUCAGAGGUCCGACGUCAAUCAGACGGCUCCGCUGCCGCCACCCAAAGCCCUCUCACCGGAGGUGCCAAGGGCACCCAGAAUGCCGAGUCACGCGCCAACAUCGUUGCGUAACUCUCCGGCCAGGACAGCGAAAGAACAAAUUAUCUCUGAACUGAAGAUUGUGCAGCUCGAGAGAAUAGAGCUGUUCCCGAUCAAUCAACCGCUGAUGUUCGAAAUCAUGACAGAAACGAUUCCGUUCAGCGUCGACAAACUCCAGGUUCUAGUUCGCGACCCCUCCGGCCGUCUCAUCCCCGGUAGAGUCGACCCAAUCAUUCCGAAACUCGUCCAGGUCCUCAUAGAAGUUUUCGAAGUGGGCGAGCACAUCUUCAGUUUCAUCUAUGACCAACAGAAAUUCUUGGAAGUCCUCGCGAACGGUUUCAACCCGGACGCUAUCAGAGUGGGAAAGAUUUCCGACGGCUUCGUGGGACGUCCGAUCAGAUUUCAGAUUGAUGGCAACCAAGCCGGUAGCGGUCAUUUAGAGCUCAAGAUCAACAACGGGACCGUGAUUUCCACGCUGCAAAAACUCCACGACCAACUGUAUGAGGCGCAGUUCGUUCCCGAGCGUCCGGUCGUUCACAAGAUCGACAUAAAGUUCAAUGGCAUCGCGCUCCGCGGAUCGCCCUGGGAAUCAUAUACGGCCAUAUUCUUAAAGUCUGAAGUCCUAGGAUUUCCGAAUCAGUGACCAUUUCCCGAUGUGAUCCGGCAACUGACGCACGGUCCCGUUUUGCAGCACGUCGAUAGGAGCGGACGUCUAGCCAUACAGAAGUUUUUGGCUGUGCUAACUGACGGCCAGUCUCUACAAUCGGUGCCAUGUCGACAAAUGCAGAUUUUGCAGAUCGAAGUCAGUCCAGAUGCUAAAGAAAAAGACCUGCAGAUAUAUCUCCUGAAAAAUGUGCCGAACGCAGCAGCUUCGCAAUCGUACGAGGUGAUUCGGAAAUCGCUCUCGGUCUGUCUCGUGCAGUUUUCCGUCAAUGAUGUCGGAUCUUGGAUUUUCGACGCGAAAUUCAGGAAUUCCAAGGUUCAGGGCUGUCCCGUGAUCUUCAAAAGUUACGACGCGCAGAAGAUCACAAUGUGUGGGGUCUCCCAGCACGUGGAAGUUGGCUCACGCGUCCAGUUCGAAGUCGACGCUUCGUUGGCCGGCGAAGGAUCUCUGCAGAUAUCGAUAAACAAAGGUGAAAUCGCGAAUGACGUGACCGUUCUGGACCGAGGAAAAUGCAUCAUAGAGUUUUCGCCCGAAACGGAAGGGGAAUAUCUUGUCGAAAUCAAGUUCAACGGCGAGAUGAUCCCCGGUUGUCCUUUCGUGGUUAACGCACACGAGCCUUACGAGUUCGACUUGCAAGACGCUCCGGCCAUAUGUGCGAACGAACCGUUCCAGUUCGAUCUUCAUCUGCCCGGAGGGCGACGGGAUCUGCUCAACGUCGGCGUCAUCGACCUCAACAACGAUCAGGUGCCUGUCAGUGUGAAGCCGCUGACGUCGGAUAAUAUCAAUGUGCAAUUCACCCCGAUUCGGGCUGGGAGCUACGUGAUAUCCGUGGACUACGCCGGGAAACCGAUGAGAGGCUCGCCAUCUACCGUAAAAUGUUUCGAUCCGGAAGCCCUGAUCGUGGAAAACCUCGGGAACGGCGCUGUCCAACUCGGUGAACCUGUGAACUUCAUCGUUGAUGCAAACUCUUGCGGAGAGGGAAACCUGGAGAUCGCCGUGAGCAGCGAGGAGCAGAAUGUCCCAACCAAGGUACAAGCUAUCAAGGCCGCUCGAUUCGCCGUGAGCUUCGUGCCGCAAGUAGAGAAGCCUCACACGAUAAAGAUCGCCUUCAAUCACAAGAGCAUUCCCCAGAGUCCCUUCCUCAUUCAAGUCAAGAAGACGAUGUCGAAGAUACUACCCUUGAAACCGGGACCGAUUUUCUCAGGCGUCGAUAGCCUGGCGUCACUUCCACUCCAGGGUGAUAUCAACGUUCAGGACUUUUUCGCUCGCGUCCUCGACCCGGACGGCGGCCUGGUGCCCUUCACCUUGAAAGCCCUAGAGCCGGACACGUUGGCGGUUGAGUUCAAACCCAGUACCGUCGGUCAAUAUCACGUCGAGGUCAAAUACCGCGAUCAGGUCGUCGAAGGCAGUCCGUUUGUUUGCAAAAUCUUCGACAUCAACCGCAUCAAGGUCUCGAAUAUCCCGAAACCCGCGAUACUCGGUGUACCUGCAUCGUUCCUCGUACAAACCGCAGGCGGUGGGCCGGGUAGUCUGGAAAUAUCGAUAAACAACGGCCAGAUAUCUACGAGCUCACGAGCAGAAAGCGCGACUCUGUACUCCAUACACUUCACACCGGAACAGCUCGUCGAUCAUGUCAUCGACGUACGUUUCAAUGGAAUCCACGUUCCUGGGAGCUGCUUCAACUGUCCUGUUUUGGACUUGGGGGCAGUGAAACUCUCCGGGGAAGUCGUGGAUCGCGUGCAGAUCGGGGGGAAAUGCAACUUCGCGCUGUCCGCUGGUGGGCAGCAACUCAUCGAUCUGAAGGCCAACAUUGUCGAGCCGAAUGGCAACCUCGAGAACAAUUAUCAGAUGACGCGGAAUGGCGACUUGUACAACCUCGAGUUCCGACCCGAAUCGGUCGGCGACUACGCGGUGGAUUUCUGCAUCGAGGAUACUUCACUCCUGAAGGCUCCGCUGAUUGUGAAAGUCUUCGAUGCGUCGAAGGUCAAGGUCAGUGACAUAACCUCGGGAACAACGGAUGAUCAAGUCUCCUUCAACAUCGACGCCAACUCUGCCGGCCACGGGGACUUGGAGAUCAUCGUGUGCGACAGUUCUGGGAGGAAUGUUCCCAACUACGUCGAGAGCAAGAGCAAUGCCAGCUUCAAAGUCAACUUCAAGCCGAAUGAGGCCGACGUCCAUCAGAUUAGCAUCAGGUUCAACUCGGUACCCGUCAAAGGAAGCCCUUUCAGCGUGGCUGUCAAGAAACCGCCAGGCUCGUCCGCCAUUUCUGAGGCAUACGCGAUCGUGAAUCCAGCUGUGUUCAAAUCUGUCGCGAUCAACACCCCGUUGACAUUCUCGAUCGACACCGGAGGCUCGACACCGAAGGACUGCAACGUACGAAUACAAGCUGUCGACGGGACUGAAUAUGCCGCGAAAGUCGAGAAGUCGGAGAAGGGCUUCGUCGCCAGCUACGCCCCGACCGAUAUUGGUCGGACAAAAAUUUUCGUUUACCUCGACGGUAGUCAGAUUCCUGGAAGUCCCUUCAUCUCGAACGUGUUCGAUGUCCAACGGGUGAAAAUCACGGGCUUGCAUCGGGGUUACGUGGGAAGAAUGGUGACUUUCUGCGUCGAUGCCUCUAAUUGCGGCGAAGGAACCCUUGAAUUGGUCGUGACCACGAAGAAAAGCUCCGUCCGCGCUGAGGUUGCCACGCAAACUCGAGGUGUUUACGACGUAUCAUUUGUGCCAAUCGAUGCGACGGAACACUACGUCAACGUCACGUUCAAUGAUCUGGAGAUUCCUGGGAACCCCUUCCGUAUCGAAGUUGUCGACGAGAAGCAUCUCUCAUCGAAACGGACUGGUCGAAUCAUGGGGAGCGCUGCUCAAACUGGGAUUGCGAACCAGAGGAACUCAUUCGAACUCAUCGAUUUCGACAAGCCUGUCAGUAUCCGACUGAGUAAAGGCUUCGCUGAGGCUCAAUGCGUCGUGACGAAAAUUUCGGAGAGACACUACAAAGCUGAGUAUUUGCCAAAGGAGGUCGGAGGUUACCUGCUUGAGAUCCUGGCUGGAGCUCAAGUUCUGAUCACGCAAAAUGUACAGAUCAUCGACGUCACAAAAGUCAAGGUCAUGGAUUUGGAAGACGCAAUCUUGGACCGCCUCACAGCGUUCCGCGUUGAUGUCACGAAAGCCGGUCAAAGCAGCCUGGAUGUUCAGAUCAUUGAGAGCCACAAUAAGAAGAAGGUGCCGGUGCAAACCGAAGAAGUCGCCGUGGGCCUGUACAAAGUUUCCUUCACCCCAAAAUCCGCCGCUGCUCAUAGAGUCGAAAUCCGCUUCGGCGGACACAUCGUGCCAGGAGGCUCACAGACCCUACGGGUCCGUGAUCCGUGCCAAAGUUUAAUUGUUCAUGGAACCGUUCUGAGAUCCGCUCAAGUUGGUCGAGCCGCGCGUUUCACGAUCGAGACCGCUGGUUCCAGUCAGGCCAAGGAUUUCGACAUUAUCGUCGCGAAUGAACAGUCGCCCCUGCCAGUGAAAUGUUUCCUCCAGAAGAACAAAUCUCUGCUCGUAGAAUGGAGCCCGAAGACCAUCGGGAAGCACAACAUCGAGAUCUACCACAAAGGCACUCACGUGGAGGGGUCACCGUUCGUUUGCGAAGUCUUCGAUGCGACUCGUGUUAAAUUCCAGAACGAGAAUCUCAAGAGAGCCGUCUGCAAAGUCAACGAGAAGAUUCGCUUCAGCUUGGAUCGGCGGGACGCAGGUACUGCGGAGCUAGACGUCACUGCCAUCAGCCCCCUCGGCAAGAACUUACCAAUUGAAGUUAAAUCAUCGAAGAACGGAGAGGUCAUCGAACUCAUACCAGCCGUGGCCGGGAAAUAUCGGAUAGCUGUCCUUUACGGAGGUUAUCCAGUACCGAAUUCUCCCGCCACGUUCACUGCGCAGGAUCAAAGUCCCACGAACGGCUGUCAGCUCAAAAUCAGUGGCAGUGGGGCGGUUGAAGCUUUCAAGAAUCAAAUGGCUUCAUUUCGCGUGGAGACAACGAGCGAGGAGGUCCGCCCCGAGAUAAGAGUCAUGGGCCCCAACAACCAGGAAGCCGACUACACUGUAGAUAAGGAGAACAAAACCUACAACGUUUCGUACUUACCGAUCGAUGUGGGCGACUACACCAUUCUCAUGACGGUCGACGGGAAGCAAGUUAACGAGCCCUUGAAAGUCAGCGUUAUCGACGGAAAUCAGCCUCUCCCCGUUGACGGCUGGGAGAGCGUUCUGGACCUCUCAGCCGAGAUAAAUCGGGAAAUAAAGCUCGCAUUCGAGAUGCCGAGCAACGUCAACUCUGCCGUUGGUGAACUCUCGGGGAGAGUCCAGUUGCCCGACGGGCGAACGUCGAAUUUCCUCCUGGAGCGUUCUCGGAGCGGAUGGCUCAUUAGAUACACUCCCAAGGUUUCCGGAGAGCACAACAUCCAUCUGAGCUUCAACAACCUCCCAUUGCGGCAUUCCCCCAUAAGUCUGAAUGUUCAUCGACCGUCUUCGCGAGUGAGCGAAGAGAAAACGAAGAACAUCGUCCUGAAGUGUAAAUCUCCCGCUGAAGUGAAAGUUCAUGACGUCAUCGACUUCACGGUCCAUACGACAGACGGAGGGCAGAAGAAAAUCUUAGCAUUCUGCCGCUCGGCUGAUGGUGAUACACCCUUGGAGAUAAUCCAAGAAGGAGACACGUUCCACGGGAAAUUUCGACCACAGAGUCCGGGUCUGAAUGAAUUACACGUCAAGUGCGAGAACCAACACGUCACGGGUAGUCCGAUGGAGUUCCGAGCGGAGGCUUCACACGCUGUGGGCGUCAUCUGUUCGGGGGAGAACCUGAAGAGCGGCGUCGUAGGUCAGCCACUGAAGGUUUUCCUCGACACAAGGAAAGCCAAGUCUGGGUUGAGUUUGUCGGCAGUGUGUUUGGGUCCCUCGAAAAUGGCUCAGUGUGAGCUCAUUGAUCACGGGAAUUCAACGAGCACGUUGCUGGUCCACGCCGAGGAGAACGGAAAGCACUUACUCACUGUUAAAUACGGCCAAGAACACGUAAUGGGUUCGCCGUUCACAAUCAAAAUAGUCAGCCCCCCAGACGCAAGCAAAGUGCGAGUCUACGGCCCGGGUGUCGAGAACGGGAUCUUGGCAUGUUUCCAGAGCCGGUUCAUCUGCAAUACCGCCGGUGCUGGUCCUGGCCAACUCACCGUUCGCGUGCGGGGUCCGAAGGGAGCCUUCCGAGUAGAGAUGGCGAGGGAAAACUCGAAAGAUAGAGCCAUAUUCUGUAAGUAUAGCCCCACAGAAACUGGAGAUUAUCGCAUUGAGGUGAAAUGGUCUGGUGUUCACGUCCCGAAAUCGCCAUUCCUCAUCAAGAUUUUUGACACUAAUGAUGAAUUGUUGAGGUAUAAGCAGGUAGGUUUUCCUGAUAUUUCUCGUUGA